GUUUAGACCUACGAUGGCUGCCGCCAGCAGUAGCAAUAAUUAUUGGGAGCCGAGAUCACCAUUCAGACGGAAAAUAAUGUCUUUUAAAUCAUGGUGGACUUUCGCUUUCCUUAUUUUUGCCACAUGUCGGUGUUUUGCCGACGACGAUCACGAAAUGGAAGAGUUUUUGAAGCGGGAGUAUUCCCUUUCCAAGCCUUACCAAGGUGUGGGAUCGUUAGGCUCCUCGCACUGGGAGCUUAUGGGGGAUGCCAUGAUAACCACCGACCAGGUGCGGCUCACACCUGACAAGCAGAGCCGGCAGGGGGCAGUGUGGAGCCGCCUUCCUUGCCAUCUGACGGACUGGGAGAUGCAGGUGCACUUUAAGAUUCACGGGAAAGGAAAGAAGAACCUGAAUGGCGAUGGGCUGGCCAUUUGGUACACUAAGGAACGUGUGCAGAAAGGUCCUGUAUUUGGAAAUAUGGACAACUUCACUGGCUUGGGCGUGUUUGUGGACACAUAUCCCAAUGAGGAGAAACACCUCGAGGCGCAGAAGAAAAGAUAUACUCCUCGCACACAGAGGAUCUUCCCCUUCGUACUGGCCAUGGUCGGGAACGGCAGCAUCAGCUACGACCACGAGCGGGACGGUCGGCCCACGGAGCUGGGCGGCUGCAAUGCCAUGGUGCGCAACCUCAAACAUGACAGCUUCCUCUUCAUCCGAUACGUCCGCCGCAGGCUCACGGUGAUGAUCGACAUCGACGGACAACAUGAGUGGAGGGACUGCCUUGACAUCCCCGGGGUGCGACUUCCCAAAGGCUAUUACUUUGGAGCUACAGCCGUCACGGGAGACCUCUCGGAUAACCAUGAUAUCAUUUCCCUGAAACUCUACCAACUGACGGUAUUGCGGAGUCCAAAGGAAGACGAGGAGAUGAAUGAUGAAGAGGAGAUAACUAUACCCAGCGUGGAUAACAUUGAGCUACUCCGAUUGGGUCCGAGUGAAGAAGGGAUGAGUGGAAUCGCCAUUUUCUUCACCGUGCUCUUCUCCCUGCUGGGGUGCAUCUUCCUCAUCGUCAUCGGCCUGGUGGUGUACGGACACUGGAACGAGAGCCGGCGCAAGCGCUUCUACUGAGAGAGGACAACAACGACGACAAAAAGAUGGAGGAGGCGAUCGCGAUGACUGCUGUGGUCCGUGGACCCAACCCAGUGAGACAAAAAGGGAGACCCUGCUGUCGGUCAGUAGUUUUAUCCUGAGGACACUUUCUUGACGGGAGACGGAGUAGAUGUGUCGCCUGCUACAAAAAGCCAUCGUCCAACUUUGCCGUUGGUCGUCAUGAUGCAGUAGGAGGACCACAGCCCCUGCCUGACACACACCGACUCGGCCUUACCAUCUCCACCUCUGUACCCGUUACACGGCACACGUGCAGUAUGACACCUUAUGAGCAGCUACUUCUUUUGGCACCGUUUUCUGCAUUUUGACAUAUGUAAAAACAAAUAAUAUAUAUAUAUAUAUAUAUAUAUAUAUAUAUAUAUAUAUAUAUAUAUAUAUAUAUAUACACUAAUUCUAAGUUCACUGAUGUUGAUUUCAUGGCUUUAUGAAAUAUAAAUAUAUAAGUAUUCAGUGUUUUCCUACUCUACAUUAUGACUUGAAGCGCUAACCAAAUAGCAGUAAAAACUAAUAAUGCCAUCUUUACGGUUUGAUCCUUAAAGAUGCAUCUCUACUCUUCUUUGCUUUAGAAAAAUCUGUGCUUUUUAUCAUUUUGACUCCCGAGUAUAUGCUAUAUAGUAUGCUGUAUAUACUCACCCUUUAGUUGUAGUAUGCAUGAUAUGUGUUGCACUUGGUUCUCAUGGAAAACUGACCGGUCUCAUUGAUGCAUGGCAACGAUUUGUGUGUUUCGUGAAAUAUUUUAUUUCAAUCUGUCACUGUUCCCUUCCACAGAUUGUAUGUGUGUAUUUCUAGAAAAAUGUUUUUAGUUGAUCAGUUUCUAAGCAAACUCUUCAAAACAGAAACAUUUAAAUGCCAGGAAUGAACUUUGCACUGAAGAGAGUUUUAAUGACGGCUCAUUUAUUGCCACUAUUAUCCCUUUUGCAGACUUUUUGUUUUACUUCGCACAUUGAACACUAAAAUGACUUUUCGUUUGUUUUGUAAAAACACUGCUGCUGUGUUUGUGUCAUACGAUGUAUGCUUUUGCAGAACUGAACAAACGUGCUGGUCCCGGCCCCAAAGCGGCCUCAGACCAUUCUUCUCUUUUUUGUUGUGGAAAUGGUUACAGGCUUCAUGUCAACAACAAAUGUAUUUCUAGGUGGUUCUUUGUUUUCAACUGUGCAAUAACUGUGGACUUCCUUUUUUCCCUGUAGCCACUUUGACAACCGCCCUACUUUAUUUAUGUUCAUAUUCUGUUUGUAUGAAAACUGUGUGCCUCAUGUGUCCAUCCAGUGUCUUUGUCCUGAAUGAUUUCUAUUGCCUCAUUAAAGACCGACAUGGAUAUUGUUUGUCAAGGAA